UGCAUUUCACGUAAGCGUCAAAACAGUAUAAAAUAUUCUGCGCCCCAUUUAUGAAAUUAUACACUUUCGCAGCAAAUAGAUGGGCGUCUAGACGUAAUGAACCCCACAAACAACAUGAGGGCAGCGCAUAGUUGUAUGUGCAAAAUAUUCUCACUCAUAUAAAAGCAAUGGAACAUCCAAGUCCUGGAACAUUUCUCAACAUUUCAACAAAGUAUUUGUACAAAUCAGAAUGUACAAAUAUCUGCGCAUACAACAUUUUAGCUUUCAAGUAAUUGGCAUUAACUUGUGGGCUCAACGGGAUCAGCGCAUUAUGAGUGCACCCUGUAGAUACUGUUGCUGGACAUUGGCGACCGCGAUUAUUACGCUCCUCAUGGGCUGCUAUAUUUACACCAGCGAACAGGAUAAGGCGAUUCAGGUGUUGACGGUAUUUCUGCAAGGUGUGCUCUCUGUGAUCAAGAGUGGCAUGUUUGUAGCGAGGGGAAGACGCUUUAUAAAGCUUAUACGAAGUUUAGAUACGCUAGCCGAUGAAGAGAAUGUAAAAAAAGGAAAUGAAUGGAAACAGGAGAAUGAUUGGCUACAGCGCAUCGUGCGUGUAUACUAUAUUUGCUGCACAACCACAGGCACCCUGUACUGUACAGUCCCAGCUGUUAUACUACUAUAUAGCCGAUGUUUCAAAAAUCAUAAUGUGUUCAUACUACCCUUCGAUGCAGCCUUUCCCUUCGACACUGGUCACCCAUUCUUCUACACCGUCUCAUAUAUUUGGUGUAUCUCUUUCAUCGUCUACGCCAUACACGCCAUCGUCGCAAUGGAUUCGUUAUUCUGUUGGUUCAUCUUCAACAUUUCGGCACAUUUUCGCAUGCUGCAGCGCGAAAUCGAAGAUGUGGCCACGACAUCAGUCGGUUCAGAAGACAACUCUCGCUUACACAGCAGAAUCACACAAAACUUGCACUAUCAUCGUCGCAUCAUCGAGUUAUCAACGGAAUUCGACGAACUCUAUGCGCCCAUCGUGUUUAUUGAGAUCUCCGUUAGCUAUCUGAAACUUUGUUUCAGCGCAUAUAAUCUUAUCAAUCUGGGUGACAUAUCCGGGUUACCGGUGAUUGCUGUAGGUCUGGUCACGAUAACUUUCCAGCUGUGCAUUUAUUGUUUUAGUGGCGAGAAAAUAAAAAAUGUGAGCGAAGCGGUUUCAGAUCGUAUUUAUUUAUCCUUUCCCUGGGAAUGUGUUCCUCCACACAUAAGACGUUUGCUACUUUUUCCACUGAUGCGCGCACAACGUGCCACCACUUUAACGGGAUUUCUCUUUAUUGUCGACCACAGUCUACUUGUAUGGAUAUUUAAAACGACCGGUUCCAUUAUAGGAUUUUUGUCGGCUACAAAAAGUGAAAACUGA